GUAAUUGCAUUUCAAACAAAUUUAAAACGUCUCGCAAUUUAGAAAUCGGCGAUUAAAGGAAGAGCGCCUCAAUGAACUUUGGAGAAUUCCAUUCAAUACUCUGCACAAACUGGAUAGCAAGGACACGAAACGCCACUUUUUUUACCAGCUCGGUGAGGAUUCGGUAGUAGGACGUCUACACAUUGUAAGGCCGGUACUGGCCGAAGCCGAUCGCGCAAUGCUAAGAAAGCUAAAGCGCGGUGGCCGUCUCUCAAUCAGACCACCAUUGAAUACAGAGGAUAACACGAAUUCCAGCAUGGCAGCGCUGGUGAAGCACUGCUGGACCGAAGAACCUAACGAGCGCCCGACCUCUGACGAAGUGAUGUCGUUCAUUAAGGAGUUGAAUGACAAGAAGUCUUCAAAUCUUAUGGACCAUGUUUUCCACAUAUUGGAGCAAUACGCGUCAAAUCUGGAACAUGAAGUGAAGAAUUUCCCAUUUCUCUUUCUUUCUCUUGUGCAGAAUCUUGAAAAGGAAAUAUCGGGUUUAAUCAUUCCGUUGAGCUUCAGCGAAUUGAAAACUUCUUCGCGAAGGACCAAUUUUCAGAUUGAAGCUCGAAUGCAAGAACUCAUCGAAGAGAAGAAAAGAAGCGACAUUCUACUUUAUCGAAUGUUACCCAGACAGGUGGUAGAGAAGCUCAAGUUGGGUCAAACAGUGGAGCCGGAGAUGUUCGAGUGUGCAACGCUGUUCUUUUCGGAUGUAGUAAGUCGUUCACGAAGAGUUAAAUCGAAUGGACUAUUUAACAGCAAAUCUAAUCGUUACCAGGUGAUCAUCUUCUUGAAUGAUCUCUACACUGUCAGUGGUUGUGCGAUUCACUACUGGAGACAGCGCCCUGUCUACUCGUCAGCCAGAAGCUUCGAGAACAUCCCAAUCUAUUUUAAUGCACAAUCACGCACUUCAUUCCUUUUAAUGAUUUCUUGCAGAAUGAAAAUAUUGUCUCUAAUUCAAGACUACUUUUUUAUACAAACCAAGAAGAAAUUUAACCUGCUGCAGGUGGAGACGAUCGGUGACGGCUACUUGUGCGCAUCAGGUCUGCCGCAGCGUAAUGGCAACCAACAUGCGGUUGAAAUUGCUGAAAUGUCGUUCGAACUGCUACGGGCUAUCAAGGAAUUCCGCAUCGCACAUCUACCUAAUGAAAGAAUCAACAUUCGAGUUGGAAUUCAUAUCGGAUCAGUAGUGACCGGAGUAGUUGGCACCACCAUGCCUCGAUAUUGUUUGUUCGGCGAUACGGUUAACACUGCUAGCCGCAUGGAGAGCAAUGGGCAUCCUGGACGAAUCCAUAUUUCAACGGAUGCUAUGAAGUUUUUGACGCAAGUAGUUGGUGGGUACAAAACAGAACCACGGGGAGAAGUAAUAGUUAAAGGCAAAGGAGCCGUGCAAACUCAUUGGCUACUCACUCCUGACGAACAAGAGAAAUGUAGGAAAUGA